CCAGAAAGCCUCAUUUUCUUCAGUGGUCGUCGAACUGCCCUGCUUUGUACUUAUCCUCCCACCGCAAGCACAUCCCGCGUCGUUCGUGUCGAAUCACCAUCGACAACUACGAAACCUGGUCUCUCCUUCCGAUCGAUGCCCCACGGGAGUCUCGAGGCUUUCUUAGGUCCCUCACUGUCAGGCUCAUUUAGCCUCGACUGAUCUCUCCGUCCUCCUCAGACCCAUCAGCCUGACUGCAACCCCGUACCUCUCUUCGCCGCCCUCCGCCCAAAAGGAAAGUGAAGGUUUUCGUCGUCUCGCCAAUUCGACCUCCAGGGAAACCAAGGUGCCCUCCUAGUAUCAGACCGUGCGGGUCUUACCACAGUAGGCCAUGAGGAGCAACAAAAGCAAUAAGACCUCGACUCGUCUCGCCAGAGCCUUGCCGCUCGAAAUCACCUGAACCGUCAAUUUCUGCGCGACUGGGUACCUUGCAUCAAGGAGACUCGUAGUAGUCUGCUAUCCCACCGUUGUACCGUUCGCUCAAGUCCCUCCCGCACUGUCUUCCUGUUCUUCCGCAGCUACACCGGAGUUGCUGUCCAACCUGUCGAACCACUUCACUGGGCCCAGCCUAGAAACUCAGCUGAUUAAACAAUAUUGCACAGGCAAUAAGUGCAUUUCAACUUUAUCCCUCACAGAAGCUACCUCCUCCACAUCGCAUCUUGUAUACUGGAACCGAGGCUACCGCCGCAAGAGUACGCGGUCGAAUCCCUCGGUCUCUUGAUCUCUUGCCUCAGAAUUUCGCGACGCUCACCGCCAGUCCUUACAGAUGAUUUGAAAGCCCCAUGUCAGGCUUUGAAAGACGUAGCCAGGCUCCAUCAAGCAAGCGCUGUAGGGCCUUUGGCAAGAGACUCUCAACGACAUGGCCAGCACGGAGGCCGACUACAAAAGGGAACAAGAUAUGGGUGCACAAAAUGGCUCCUCAGAUGAUGCACCACCCAAUUCGCAGGAGGGUGCUGGGUCUACCUCCACAGGGCCGCCCAAGAAGAAGAGGAAAGUUGUUAAGCCAAACCCGGAUAAGAAGUUCGAAUGCAAACACGAAGGUUGUGGGAAGGCCUAUUCACGUGCAGAGCAUCUGUACAGACAUCAAUUGAACCAUACCCCCAAGACCAUCUAUCGUUGCGAUUUCCCUGACUGCACUCGGUAUUUCGUGCGCCAGGACCUGUGCAUCCGUCAUCGCGAACGGCACACCACUCAUGGAUCUCAAUUGCAUAAGCGAGACUCAUUUGCUCAGUCCGCUGCUGCUCCAGAGACUACAGUCUUAUCUCCGCAACAGCAACAGCAACUCGCCCAGGGGCCAACCUAUUCGAUGCCCGCUCCCGGUCACAGAAGCCCUCGACAGGAAGUAAGACCAACUUCUACAUCUUUCUCUAUCGAUUCUGGCCCUUUCCAACAGCCGACCCGAAUGUCAGGCAAUGCAAGGUCAACGUCCAACGCACCAGUCGACACUAGAUUGCAGUCACCAACGCCCCAAGUCGUCAUGGCGAGACCGGAAGCCCCAUUGCACCGAACAAGCAGCACUGGGAGCAACCCUCUUAGUCCUACGCAGAGGCAGGAGGCUGUGUCAUGGUCUACUUCGUCCCGACGUCAGAGUUUCAACCAGGGAGAUUUGAGGGUACAGAGUGCCUAUCCCCAAAUGCAAGCAACACAGCACAGAGCCUCCGUGGCUGCCAUUCCACAAUCGCCUGUCAGACAAUAUUCUUCGACAUCUGCCACCAACUAUCACCCGGUGAGGGCAAAUUCCGAUACUAUUCAUGAAAGACCACAUGGAUUCGUGCAGCCGAUCGACAUGCCCUCAGCCGUUGCCUAUACUUCAGCCAGCUAUCCUUCUGCCGGAGUCUCUCGUUCUGCAGAUGCUGCGUUUGCAGCCGCAGUAUCUCAUGGCCUUACCCGGGGCGACACCUAUACCUAUCCGCUAAUGACGGGUGGCAUGUCCAACGGAGAGUUAGGUACGGCCUAUGGAUUUCCCGUCUUUGGAAUCGAUGAAUAUACACAAACCCCUUUUGGUGUGGACGAUUUCACCCAAUGGUUGUUCAAUGACGCGCACUCCGGUUCGAAUGGCUUUUCGCCUCCCAAUUAUGUUCCAGGCUUUAGUGGUCACGAUCAGUCACAGAUGCAGGCCACGUAUUUUUCCCAGAGCCCUUCCUCCAGUAAUGCAUAUCCAAGCGCUGCCUUGCAACAUCGGAUGAGUGUAACCAGUAUACUGGACCAAACGGCUAAAAGCCAAUACAUCAUGUCAGAGUCGAAACGUCUGGAACUCCUCGACAUCAUGCAGAGCCAAUUCAUCGAGCGCCCUCACGAUGCGGUCAAAAAGCGCAAAGACUCGGUGUUCGAGGGGGAUGUUGACAGUGACGGCCACAUUCUCAGCUUAAGGAUGAUGCACACCUACAUUGGCUCUUACUGGUACCAUCAACAUGCACAAUUGCCAAUCUUACACAAGCCUACUUUUUCUGCCGACCGGACGCCCAAUCUGCUGUUGCUUGCUGUCAUCGCAAUUGGUGCUGCAACCCUGGAUAAGGCAUAUGGUACAUCUCUAACUGACUCAGCCGCUGAGUUUGCCAAUUUUGUUGCAUGGCAUAUUCGUUGGGAAAUUCUACGAGAUGCUGAUUUUAGACCACCAGCAAAAUUGUGGGUGUUUCAAACCUUGCUUCUCAUCGAAGUCUAUGAGAAAAUGUAUGCGACGAGGGCACUUCACGAGAGAGCCCAUAUUCAUCAUGAUUCUACCCUCACCUUGAUGCGACGUGGCAGUUCUCUCCUUGGUCGUUCUGCGUCCGACUCGCCGCCGAGCCUGCGCGGGGAGCAAGACAACGGCAGGAUUUCCGUCCCGUUCUCAUCCACAGAAUCAACCAAAUCUGAAGAAUCCUGGCAUCGCUGGGUGACCACAGAAGCAACCCGCCGCGCUGCGUUUGGCGCCUUCGUCAUCGACUCAAUCCAUGCAACAAUGUUUGGCCAUGCCGCUAAAAUGGUUGCGCAUGAGAUGCGACUGCCCCUGCCAUGUGAUGAAGGUCUCUGGUCGGCCGUUUCUGCUGCAGAAGCCGGACGGGUGCAAUCAUCAUUGCAGACGAACGGUGUAAAGCCAAUCAUGUUUUUGGACGGCCUAAAGAAGACCCUCAACGGCCAAAGAGUGAGAACCAACUCUUUUGGUCGCACUAUCAUUAUGGCUGGUCUUUUAUCAGUGUCGUGGCAUAUGACUCAAAGAGAUCUUCAGAUUUCUUCCCUAGGACCUCGCACAGCUAACUCAUUUGGAGGCCCUGACAAGUGGAAAGCAACUUUGUUACGAGCUUUUGAUAAUUGGAAACGUGAUUUUGACGAAGCACUAGCCGAGGCUGCGCCAGCACCUCCUUCACCACUUCGAACAACUACGACCCCCUUUCAGGGUAUGCUGCCACCAGUGGACGAUGAGAACAUCUUCGAGUCACGCACUGUUUUGCAUCACCUUGCACACAUUGCAGCUCAUGUCGAUGUUGUUGACUGUCAAGUGUUUGCGGGAGCGAAUCGUCUUCUCGGUCGCUCAAUCACUCCCAAAGAUUACAGUGUGAUCCGUGAAAAGAUAGAACGGUGGGCAACAAAGGCCUCGGCACGAGAUGCAGCGUUCUAUGCUCUCAAGUUUAUUGCCCAGGUUUUGAUUCCACCAGAUGAACCGAUCGAUGGAAUUAAUAGUCGCACGUAUGGACAUGCAAGUCCUAUCCUACCUCAAGCUUUCGAGCACAACCAAUAUAUUGCUCGAGACGACUUCUUGUUAAAUCGACCAUGGGUAUUAUAUAUUUCUGCCCUAGUCGUCUGGUGCUACGGGUUUGCACUGGAAGGUCCAAUCAAGCCCCCGCCAGCCGAGGAAGAUUUCAUGACUUAUCGGCAGAAAGAGCAUGACAUGCGCGAAUAUCUUGAAAGAGUCGGGGGUGUGCGUGCCCCUGAUGAUCUCGAAUUUGUCAAGGGCAAAAAUCGUUGCCUGGGCCUUUUGAUGAUCUUGAAGGAAUCCUUUGAAAGUACGAGAUGGGAACUUACCCACGAAGCGGCUGGACUACUGGGCAAUGCGUGCCUGAAACUCCAAGGUGUCGAGCCACAUGAUAUAGUUGGACCCGGAAACAGUGGGUUCAACAAUUCCGACUACAGCAAUACGAGCUCCAAUGGCUACACGAAUGGCAACGGGUACCAUUCGGGACACUAUCGCGAUGACAGAGAUCAUUUCACUGUUGCAAGUGCGGCAAAGAUUUAGGACGCUACUUCUCGGGUAAGGCUCAAUGACGGUCAUUGCUAUGUAUUGUCGCCGACCCUUCGAGCCACUUUGCAUCGAAAUCGAUCUUUUAUCAAACCCGGCAUACUUCAAAAAUCUGGGUCGGUAUUCUCAUACCCCGUUGAUUGGAGGGUAUGCACAACACUACUAUAUCUCGCACGGAAGGGCCACUGCUUCAACUCCGUUUAGAAUUAUGCCAGCUGGUCAGAAUGGGGGGAUAUACAUCUGUCUAGACUUUCUGCGGAGCUUUGAGGUUUUUGGGCUGUGGCGACUAGACCAACAGAAGCCGCCAUGAUCAAGGCCUACAAUACUGUCGCAUAUAUUGGGACAGGGAGUGUCCCUCUGGGGUGGACGAGGACUUUUCACGACGAAACGAUCUGUGUUUGUUUUUCCCUUUGGCUCUUUUGCAUGUCGCAUAGCUGGCAGUACCUUGGUGGCCAUUGGCCAUUCAGACUGUCACUACUGGGAUAUGUCUUGAUUUGAUUUGCGUUUUGGAUUCUUUUCAUUCUUGUUCAGGUUUUAGCAGGCGGCCAUCUGAUACCCCCUUGAUGUUUUUUUAUUUUAUGCUUUUGGGUCUGGGAAUGCUAUGGUUCAUCAAUGUCGCUUUUACUGGUUUAGUUGCAUCCACAACUGCAUGACUGGUUGGUCGAGUUCAAUCUUUACGGUGCCUACGGCGGGGCAGGCGGAGGGAAAUAUGGGAGUAGGAAAUCGGAAUUCGGAAACGGGAAUAGCAUAUCAAUGAAUACUGAUCAUGCUGAUCAGGCAUUUGGGGGACUACUUUGGAGGGAACAGGGCAUAUGGACAACAAUUAGAAACAUCACACUGCACAGGCACAGGCACAGGCACAGCAAAAAACGUGGAUCGUCCGCUUGGUAUGAGUACCGAUCCUGGGUCUGUGGCUCUUCUCAUAGUCGUCUUCGCAAUGCCUUUCUUGAAG